AUGGCUGCUGCGCGAUUGCUUGCCGUUGCACUCUCGCUCGGCCUCCUCCUCCUCGGCAGCGGCAGCGGCGGCUUCUUCGUCUCCGGCGCCGAGGAGCUGAGGAACACCUCCUCCUCGUCUUCCUCUCCGCAGCUGUCCACCGUUCUGGCAACGGAGAGCAAGGCAGAAAGUGCCGGUGCGAGGUGGCCAAGCGUGGAGCAGGAACUCGAAGCCGCGCGAGCUGCGAUACGGCGUGCCGCACGGCGGCGCCAUGGAGAUGGCAGCAACGUCAGCUCGGCGGCGCCGGAGUGGUUCACCCGCGACGACGUGGACUAUGCUCUCCUGGCGAGGGUUUACCGCAACCCAGCAGCCUUCUACCGGAGCUACGUGGAGAUGGAGAGGCGUUUCAAGGUGUACGUGUACGGGGAAGGAGAGCCGCCGAUCCUGCACGCGGGCCCCUGCAAGGACAUCUACACCAUCGAGGGCCGCUUCAUCGAGCAGCUCGAGCUCAUCACCGGCGGCGUCCGGACGUGGGAACCCGCCCGCGCACACGCCUUCUUCCUCCCCUUCAGCGUCGCCAAGAUGGUGAAGUUCGCCUACCGCCCAAAAUCGAACGACAAAAGCCCACUCCUUUCCAUCGUCGCCGACUAUGUCCGCGUCGUCGCCUCCCGACACCUCUUCUGGAACCGCUCCGCCGGCGCCGACCACUUCAUGCUCUCCUGCCACGACUGGGGUCCUGAGGCAUCCAGAGGAGACCCGGAGCUGUACGCCAACGGCAUCCGCGCGCUCUGCAACGCCAACACAUCGGAGGGGUUCCGGCCGGGGAAGGACGUGAGCAUCCCGGAGAUCAACCUCUACACCGGCGACACGCCGCGGCAGCUCCUAGAGCCCGCGCCGGGGUUGUCCUCGCGGCCUUUCCUGGCAUUCUUCGCGGGCGGGCGGCACGGCCACGUCCGCGACUUCCUGCUCCAACACUGGAAGGGCCGCGACCCGGACACCUUCCCAGUGUACGAGUACGACCUCCCCUCCACCACCGGCAACGGCACCACCGGCAAGCGCAACACCGGCAAGGGCGCCCGCGGGCCCGACAGGCAGCGCGACUACUUCUCCUACAUGCACCGCGCGCGCUUCUGCCUGUGCCCGAGCGGGCACGAGGUGGCGAGCCCGAGGGUGGUGGAGGCUAUCCACGCCGGCUGCGUCCCCGUGCUGGUGUCGGACGGGUACGCCCCGCCCUUCGCCGACGUGCUCCGGUGGGAAGCGUUUUCUGUGUCCGUGCCGGUCGCCGACAUCCCGAGGCUCAAGGAGAUUUUGGAGAGGAUACCGACGGCGGAGGUGGAGCGGCUCCUGGAUGGGGUUCGACUGGUGAAGCAGCACUUCACGCUGCGCCAGCCGCCGGAGAGGCUCGACAUGUUCCACAUGAUCCUGCACUCCGUCUGGCUCAGGAGGCUCAACUUCAGACUAAACCAAUAACCAUCUUCACUUUCUUGCCGGACACUUAUCAAGAGUUCAAGACUGAAUUGCAGAAGCAACGGGCUCAGCUGCAGAACAGGGCACUUUAACUGGGGUCUGAAGAAAAAUGCAGCGCUGGGAGAAGUUCAGACAAACAAGCUGGCAAAUCAUCCAUCUGGAAGCUGAGCAGAUUAGCAGAAACCUCAGAACUUCUGAGUCAGAAGGGAAAGGACACUGAGUUUACUAAAAGAAGACUGCAUGUUGAAGCAUGGAGCUACAAGACCAAACAUAUGAUGUACAUUUUAUUCUUUUUACGGAAU